CAUGUGCUUUCCUGGAGAUUUGCAACCACGUGUUCCAGGAAUGGCUGGGUACACCCCACCGAUACGAUAUAAAGGCAACGUCAAUCACCUUCUCUCACCUUUUAAUAGCUCCCUUCCAUGGUUCUCAUUCUCCCUAGAAACUUAAGAUUAAAGGAACUUUGCUAAAUUUCAAGUACAGUCUAACCAAUUAAGAUGGAUCUCCUUCAUAGCAAUGGUGUGCUUAUCAUUCAGUAUUUACAGAGGGACUACAGGGCUUACCAGGAUUUCCUUAAUUUUAUGUCACAUGUUGGAGAUCCUCGUAAUAUAUUCUCAAUUUAUUUUCCUCUCUGGUUUCAACUCAACCAAGUGGUUGGUACUAAAAUGAUAUGGGUGGCUGUCAUUGGUGAUUGGUUCAACCUCAUAUUUAAAUGGAUUUUAUUUGGUCAUCGUCCGUACUGGUGGGUGCACGAAACAGUGAUUUAUCCCAAUCAGUCAAGCCCAUGCCUUGAACAGUUUCCUAUAACAUGCGAAACUGGACCAGGAAGCCCAUCUGGGCAUGCCAUGGGAUCCUCCUGUGUCUGGUAUGUAAUGGUAACAGCAGCACUUAGCUACACAGUAAGGUGGAAGGAUAAAUCAGCAGGUACCCUACACAGACUGACGAGGUCAUUACUCUGGAGUAUUUUUUGGAUUAUCCAGAUCAGUGUGUGCAUCUCAAGAGUAUUUAUAGCAACACAUUUUCCUCAUCAAGUUAUUCUUGGAGUAUUUGCUGGCAUCCUUGUGGCAGAAGCAUUUGAGCAUGCCCCUGCUAUUCAGACAGCAAGCCUGAGAAUGUACAUCAAGACAAACUUGUUUCUUUUCAUCUUUGCCCUUGGGUUUUAUCUAGUUCUCAAGCUUCUUGAUAUUGACUUGCUAUGGUCUGUUCCAAAGGCCAAGAAGUGGUGUGCCAAUCCAGACUGGAUAAACAUUGACACUACUCCAUUUGCUGGACUGGUGAGGAAUUUAGGUGCACUCUUUGGCUUAGGUCUUGGUAUUAAUUCUGAAAUGUUCAUCACAAGCUGUAAAGGUAAAAAUAGCUGUAAGAUAAGUUUCCGCAUAUUGUGUAUAGCUGCUUCAUUAGCAACGCUGCAGCUGUAUAAUGUUGUUAAGAUACCUACUCAUACUGAGUGUUUGUUCUACAUUCUCUCUUUUUGUAAGAGUGCAGCUAUGCCUCUGACUGUAGUUGCCUUGGUUCCAUACUGUGUCCACUCACUAAUGAGGACAACUGAAAAGAAACUUAAUUAGAUAAGGUUUUGAAAUGGUUGGCAAUGUAAGGAUGGAUAUGAGCUGUUCAAGAACCCUCUGCAAAGACAGUUCUGCUAACCCAUUUUAACCAAGGGAGAUGCCACUGCAUCUUUGAUGUGCUCUUGGUAAGUAGCCAGUAUCUGCACGUUCAAGAGUGACUUUGGCAGCUCAAAAUCAUUAAGUAGUUGCUGACUUUAUUUCUAGAAAUAUUGCAAUAAAGGAUACUGCAGUAUGGUUUUCUAACAAUACUCUGAGUCAUGCUGAAGUUUUAAAGUAUAAUUGAAUUGUUUUGUUUAGCUAUUUGGUAGUCUUUUAGUUCUGUCCACAAACUAGAUGGUGCUUCAGUUGUAUAUAGUGAUACUCAAUAUCUAUUUUUUUUAUAGAGAUAUUGUGUGCUAAACUGCUAGCUAAGGGUGUGACAGUAUUAUACCACCUAUAACUGUACAGCUGGCCGUAUGCACUGUGAAAAGGCCAACAUAAUUAUGAGAAAAGCUUUCUAUAGGUUUAACCUAUUGAGCUUCCUGAGCAAAACAGCUUCUGAUUAAGCCAGAUGAGGAAAAACAUUUAAAUUUGUCUCAGACUCUGUAGAAUAUAUUAUUGCAUUACUGUGAUUUUGUCAUUUUUACUUUUUUAAAAUGUCAUAUAAAUCAUGAAUGCUAAUGAUUACACCUUUGAUGUUGAAAAUCCGUAUGUAUGAUAUAGAAAAUAUUUGAGUCCCCUACUACACAGAGCAACAAAUGAAGAAAGUUAUCAAUCAUGAAAUAAUCUUGGCAUAUUCCCUCAAGAUUGUUGUUUAUGCUUUUGUACUGCAAAAGUGGAUUAGGCUAAUUCUCUUGGUUUGAGAGUCACAAGCCUGAAUUGGUUAGUGAUUGUGUAAAUCCAGAAAAUGAAAUUGCAGAGUAAAUCAGUGCACGUUUAUAUUCUUGUAUGCUUAGUUUAUUUAAGCACAGAAGUAACUAAUAUUUUAAAUAUAUUUUGUUACAUAAAACCAAUGCUCUAAAUAUAUAUAUGGUCAGAUCCUUUCCCUUUUCAUUCAUUAUUUAGCACCUAGUGUUGCAUAUUCCCUUUCAGUGUACAAUUGCUAAGCACUACUUUCCUUAUAAUAUUGAGUAUACGUGCAACGUCAGGUUAUAAUAUGGGUAAUUAGGGCUGUCUAUGUGCUAUCUGGUAACAAUAAGUCUUAGAAGAUAUAAGCAUACUAUUGCUUUUAGACUUCCAGUUAGUGCUGGGAUGACAGAAAUGUGAAUAAUCUCAUUUAAUUAGGAAAACAAGGUGAAUAAUUUUGAGGUGGCCCUUGGGAAUGCACAUGAUACAAAUUACAGAGGCAAAUAUAGAAUCAUUUAGGUUGGAAACAACCUCUAAGAUCAUCUAGUCCGAUCUUUAACCUAGCAGUGUCAACAUGAAACAGGCUCUAAUGAUUAAAACAGACAGCCAGUAAUGCAGCUUCCUUACUCAUUUUCAGUUAAGGAUUGAAAAAAAAAAAAAAGGCUUCUUUAG